AUGACAGCACCUGAAGUUGACUAUGUGGAAGACCAGCCCCAACAAACCUCAGCAGCUAGAUAUAAUGUAAAGAUAAGAAACAAACCAGUCAUAGCAGUAUUGGACUCUGGAGCUGCAGAAAGAGCUCUAGGAAAGUUAAAAGACGUGGUACUACAAAUAGGAAGAAUCACUGUACCUAUGGACUUUCAGAUUAUAGAAUCUACAGAAGAAAUGAUGUUAUUAGGAAUGAGUUGGAUUAAGAGGUUACGCACGUACUUAUAUUUUGAUGAACAAAAAUUGAUCAUUACCUAUGAAGGAGAAAGCAUAGAGCUAUUUAUCUACCAAGAAAAAGAAGCUAAAAUAGAGGAAUCAGAAGAGAAGGAGGAAGAGGAUUACGAGGAAGAUGACUAUUUCGACACAUACUAG